UCUCUCAAUUUUACAAAAAAUGGUAAGAUAGACGUCGGUUUCCGUACGGUGGGAAAAGUCAGAAAAAGGAGCUUGUGGCUAGCUCGCAAAUGGAGGCGUAACGGCACCUCCGUGGACGAUCGUGCGCCGCGAAGCGCGAAGCGCGAAGAAGAAGAAGAAGAAGAAGAAGAAGAAUUGCAGAGCUUCCAUCCCUCUUCAAAGCUCAGCUUCCAAUGGCGACGCUCGGCAGCUUCGCUCCUCGCAACCUCUCCCUCCUCCCUAAACCCGACCGCGACCGUCGCCGUCGCCGUCGCCUUCCCCGGCCUUCCCUUCCCCAUCCCGUCCCCGCCGCCGCGAAGCGCCGGCCGCCCUCGACGCGUUCGUCCUUCUUCUCCGCCGGGCCGACGCGGAACUGGGCCGCGGGGUCGGUCGCCGAAGACCGGAAAGCGGCCGAUGUCCCCGCGGCGAGGGAGGACGACGCGACGGCGGAGGCCGAUUCCUCGGGACCCGCGGAGCCGGGGGCGGUCGGUUUCGAGGCGAAGGGCGAAAGCGGCGAUCUUCAGAGGCUGGUCGGGAGAGGAAUCAACGCUACCCUCGUCCUGGGUUUCGGGACCCUUGCCGUCACCAAGCUUCUCACCGUGGAUCACGAUUACUGGCAAGGAUGGACCCUUUAUGAAGUUCUGAGAUAUGCACCGGAACACAAUUGGAUUGCUUACGAGCAAGCUCUCAAAACGAAUCCGGUCUUAGCGAAAAUGGCGAUAAGUGGAGUGGUGUACUCUCUAGGAGAUUGGAUUGCCCAGUGCUAUGAAGGAAAGCCUCUUUUCGAGUUCGACCCAUUGCGAAUGUUCAGAUCAGGUCUUGUUGGAUUCACUCUCCACGGUUCACUUUCUCAUUAUUAUUACCAGUUCUGCGAGGCUCUUUUUCCUUUUGAAGAUUGGUGGGUGGUCCCUGCAAAAGUUGUGUUUGAUCAAACAGUCUGGGCAGCAGUUUGGAAUAGCAUCUAUUAUGUGAUGUUGGGGCUUCUGCGACUGGAAUCCCCUGCUAAUAUUCUCAAUGAGCUGAAGGCAACAUUUUGGCCAAUGCUAACGGCGGGAUGGAAGCUCUGGCCAUUUGCUCACUUAGUUACGUAUGGUGUGAUCCCCAUUGAACAAAGACUUCUCUGGGUGGAUUGUGUAGAGCUUAUUUGGGUCACCAUUCUCUCCAAUUACUCAAAUGGGAAAUCAGAAGCAAGAAUAUCUGAGACGUCAGAGUCAAAUUCUGGUUCUCCAUGAAGCAGUUAAUUUAAGGUGUGAAACACAGCUUUGUUACUCCAUAGUCUCACAAGAAACUCGAUUCCUGUGAAACAUGGUAUUUUCCCAAUGAGAAUUUUGACUUCUGUAGAAUUAGAUGGUGGGAGAGCUUAAUUAACCCGAGCCAUCCGAUGACUGGUUGAAGUAUUCACCAUGUUAUUCAUCUAAUGGUCUAAAGAGCAAUGUCUUUGCCAAACUGCAUUGGUACUUGGGUGACCUUUCUCAGGAAUAAAUUGGAAGUAGACCGAAGAAACUCAAGAACCUCACAACACAUUUAAACAUUCUUAUGAGUCAAGGAUGAAGUUGAAUCCGAGAGCUUCAGUUUACGGGCUGUGGGUAUUGUAUCUUGCUAACCUGCAUACUUCGUGAGCAAAGUACAUCAACUAUACCAUGUGUAUAUGUGCUUCAAGGUGUCAAUGGAAUCUACACGUGCACACUAAAGGCAUAGGGAGUUUUCACCUUGUUGGCUAGGUGCAAAAAUCUAUUGAAAACGCAACAGAGCAGCCUGUAAUUAUGUGAUUCCAGGAAUAACCAAUUCUUGCACUUUCGGCCUUUUUAUCUUUUAUGUGAGUUCAUUGGUGGUGGUUCUGUAAUGUAUUAUAUGCAGCAUUCAUCGCAUUGAUUAAGUUCAGCUGCUGAGGUUUAUUCUUGGUGAAACAUAGUUCUAGAAUGUUUUUUGUCCUGAAAUCUGAUGACGAGUUGAUUGACCUCUGCAUCAUACUGCUGUAUAUGUGGAGUUCUGAUGAUAUAAACAGAGGCUGUUUGUUCGUAUA